AUGGGUGUUUGUCUAACUAAAUCUGCAAAUUCUAAAAGAUCAAAUACUUAAACUUCCUAAACUAAAAUCAGAUUACAUACAGAAGUUGCUGAGAUUUCUCAUAAUAUUCCAAGAAGAUGUCUCAAUCUUUCAAUUGAUCCAAUCAAAAGUCAUGACUAUAAAAAUUCUCCACUUUCUGAAGGAGUAAUUCUUACUUAAAGAGCAAAAAGAAGAAUCACUUUAAAGAAAUAAGGUUCUAAUAAUUACACUGCAACUACAUGCAGUUCACAUCAUAUACUUUUACCUACUUGUGCAUUCAAGAAAUAUUCACUGAUUAGAAAAAAACAAGGAAAUCAUGUAUCUAUCUCAUGUUUAAUAUAGUCUAUAUCCAUAAUUUAAAACAAUGUGACAGGCAAAAUCAUGUAAUUGGAAACUUUUAGAAAAGAUGAUUUAGAUUGUGCAAAUUACAUUGAAUGGUUGAUUAGAAACAAAAUUGUAUUCUUUAAUCUCAUUUCUAGGAUAACCCAAAUAUUAUAAGAGUAUCUGAGAUAUUUUAAGAUAAUAAAUAUUAUUAAGUUGUUUCUGAACACUUUGAAGGCAAUGAGUUAUCAGAUUUAAUGUAAGAGGGAACUAAAUUACCUAAAUCUUUAGUAUCGUAAGUCUUAUAUCAAAUGAUGUAAGCUAUUCAUUAUUUACAUUAACAAUAAAUAUUUCAUGGAGCACUUACUAUUAAUUCAUUUUUAUAUUAAAGAAAAUAAGAUGGAAUUAUAGUUAAAUUAUCUAAUCUAAAAGGUAUAUUGAUAAAAGAUUAAGAUGAUAUGGAAAUACUUAAAUACACCUCUCCUGAGUGUAUUUAUCAUCCAAAAUAGAAUGAGGCAAGAGAUGUAUGGGCUAUAGCAUUGAUUGGAUUGACAUUAAAAAAAGGAGGUAUUCCUUAUGAAUUACCUAAAUAAUUAACACAGGAAAAAUUGAGGAUUUUAGUUAAAAAUCAUCUAUUUAAAUUUGAAAAUAAGAAGGAUUAAUAAUUUAAAGAAUUUCUUACUAAUUCUUUGAAUAAAAAUCCAAAUACAAGAGCUAAUUUAGACUAAUUAUUAAACUUACCCUUCAUAACUAGUUAUUAAUCAAAGAUAAAAACUGCAUAAGAAAUCUUACUUACUAAUAUUUUAGAGGCAAAACCUUUUUGUUUGUUAUAGUAAUUGAUUAUUGUUUUUUUUGUUUAAGAAUUUAAUUGGGAAGAGUAUAUCUAGAUUUAAAAACUAUUUUUAGAAGGGGAUACAGAUAUGGAUGGUUUAAUCAAUAAGACAUAAUUAAUUUAAUUAUUUGAAAAAUAUAUAACUAUAGAAAACAUUAAGGAUAAAAUAGAUAAAUUGUUUUAAGAGCUUGAAUUGGAAGAUGAAAUUAAUUCAAACUAAUUUUUAGCCCUUUCAACAUCAAGAAGAGAUAUUUUAUCAACAUCCAAUAUUGAGAUUUCUUUUGAGAUAUUUUCUCUUAACACUCAAGAAAUCACAUUGAAAGGAUUGAAAAAGUUUUUAAAUGCUGAUAUUGAUGAGAUUGAAGUUGAGCUUUCUCGUCUAACUGAAAACUCAAAUUCAGUAUUAUUUAUUUUUAUUCUAGUUAAAUUAUAAGCAAUUCUCUAAAAUUUUAGAAUUGAUGAUUUGA